UACAAGUCUGGACCAUCCUCAAGUGAUUUAUCUUCCCUUGUUAUAUCCUAAUAAUAGAUCACUUUGUUUUUGAGAAAAUUAUUUAGAGAGCAAAUAAUAGCCUAUAUUAUUUUACUGCAAAUGUGAUGUUGGGCUAAUGUUGCACGAUUUAUUUACUWGUUUGCCGCUAAUUGUCUGAAGAUUGAUAGCCUGCAGCCUAUUCUUUUUAAUGUCCUUAAAAACACGACCAGCCCUAUACCAGCCGUUUAUAUAGGCUACAGUGGUCGAAUUGUUUUCUUAGUACAUCUGACUGUCUAGACAGCAAUAGACAAAAUGUUGAGUGCGAAACAGGAGUWUUUGCGGUUUUACUGCGUCACACAACGAUACGUUCAGAUUUAUUUUAUCAGUGUUGCGGGUUUAUUAUAGACACAUUUAUUUCAGACGGCGGUUCUCAAUCUCACCAGAUGUUUUCAGCAUGCAGCCAUUUCUGCUAUGACUCAAAUAGUUUAUAAACUGAUCCACCGUAGCUAUUUCACUAAUGCAAAAUAUUGUAAUAUUUCAAUUGAAGACAUUGCUUCCUCAAUACAAUUGAAAUGUUUCAACAUUGCAUACUGUAAAAAAAUWAWWAWWAAUUGAACCACGGUCUGUAUGAUUAGUUACGAGACUUCAAACAAAAGAAAAAGUAAUAUUGCUCUAUUUGAAUGGCAACUUAAGCACUACUUAUACAUAAUAUAAAUCAAGUGAUAUUUGCAUGUGAAAAGGUCAUGGGAAACAUUUGCUCCAUUGUUGUUAAACAUUUUGUUGUUCCACACUUUGAUGAUAGGCAUAACUUCAAGUGGCUCAGUCAAUAACAGGAGUGAAGUGUGUUUAAUUUCCCAAAGGGCUAUGUUGGAUUUUACUCCAGCUGAGUAUCAAUUAGAAACAUAGUAAAUCAGAUUGGCAACCUACCAUCAGAAAAACACUCGUAAUCACCUAUCCUCUCUGCAGGUUUAGUUACCUGGAAUAGUUAAGAUAAUCAAUUGGAUGAAAUCUUACUGUCUUGCUAAUGGAAAUUGGUUUGAACUUUAGAUUGCAUACACAGUAGGUCCCCAGGACAUUCUAAGGACUGACUACUUUUUAUAGAUCUUGCAUCUGGAUUAGAUCUAGGGCUCGGUUCUCCACCAUGUCCCUGUUAUCCCUGAAAUAACCUCAGAAAGUCAGUUUAGUGUCCAAUGACGGGAUCAACUAUCAUACUGUACAUAAGAGGAACUGAUGUAGACAAAGUCAAGUUACAAAAUAUGUUGGUAAUACCAUGAUAAUACAGUCUUCAAGGGGUAGCCAUGGCAAAGAGAGAUUUUUUCCCCAGUCUGGUCAGAUAGUUGAAUAUAGCAGUUAUGCCUGUUGUAGGGUGAAUGUCCAUUGAGCCAAUGGUUUACAAAAGAAUGGCUGAGAAGAAUCCCCAAGGACUCUCUACUUUAAUAUAGUUUGACACUACUCUCUGUCGCUGGAGAAGAUGGUUGGUUGUCAUCACCAACGUCAAACAUGGCAUAUCAAAGACUGAGCUUUCAUAUGGUGGAGAUAAUCAACUCAAGUUUAUAUUCAGCUGAAGCUCAGGAGACUCAGAGUAACUCCAGGAAGUGAAACAGACACCCGUCGGCAUCAAUUGGGGAAAUAUUUUCUUGGUUUAGGUACGCUUGGAGAUAUCAUUUUUGUUUCUUUUGGCUCAUGCAAAUUGACUGUGCUACACUGCUGCUAAGUCAAACAGACAUCAGAAUGGUGGUCUGUGCCAAAGCACGCAAUAUGUCAUGAAACAAUUCAUAAGGCUUGAAAUAAGAAGCAAUGGAAAGAAAGACCUCCACAGAUCUCAGACAGCUAUGAGUGAGCAGCAGGCUCUACCAUGGGACAAAGAGAAGCAAUGCUCUUUCCCCCAAAUUGGACCUUUGCAUAUAGAGAUAUUGGAAUGAAAAUCAAUGACAUACACUCUAAAUGGAACAUCAGGUAGCGGGGAUGGGGGAUAUUUUGUCCCCUGUGAAAAUAUCGACAUUCUCAUAGUCAAAUAGUCAUAGUCAGUAGGCUACAGAAAGACCAUAUCUUUUUCAAACGUCUCAACUAUUUAUGCAAUUCUAUCUUCAAUCACAGAAUGUUAUAGGCAACUGCCAAUAUGCCUCUAUAUAGUUUUUGGACUAGCUCAUAUAAGACUGUAUGAAAAACAUAUUAUGCAACCUGUCUGACUCCAUCUAGACUCCUGCCUCCCAUCACAAAUGCUGGCUGUCAUAAAGUAAACUAAUUUCUUUGGCUGACCUGUCAUCAUUUGAGAUAUCAUUCAUGUCCUGUUCAUGAUGUAUUUGGAGGAGAGACAAAGUGCCUAUCCUGUUUCCCAUGAGACUAGAUGAUGACCCCAUGGUUGGGUUAGAGGAGGAUGGACAGUAGAAGUUCAGCUCUGAGCUGCUUACUGUCUCUGUAUUUUAAUAAACAUUUCUGCUUUCUCAGAUAGCAGCUUUCAAGUGUUCCUUAACAAGCUAUAGCUUAACAUGUUAUGUGAUUGUGUUUUCUUCGGGGAGAUGUCCAUCAUUCAGUGUGGUGGUUAAAGACCCUGCUGACGAGCUGACAGAGGGAGAAUAAAGGCCUCCUGGAAUGGCUGAACCUCGUUUUAACAAUCCCUACUUCUGGCCUCCACCCCCCACCAUGCCUGGGCAGAUGGACAAUAUUGUGUUGAUCAACAAGAUCAAGGAACAGCUGAUGGCUGAGAAGAUCAGACCACCCCACCUGCCGCCUUCCACAGUUCCCUCCCAACAGCAACUACUGGGGAAUCCUACACAGACAGAAGGUGGGCAGCAAGUCCAGAUGUCAGUUCAGAAACUGCAGCAGAUGCAACAAGGUCUCCAUGUCCACAGCUCGUCCCAGCCAGACAUUGCCCUGCACACCCGGAUGGCCUCCAGCUCAGUCGCAGGACGUAUUCUUGGUGAUGUAAAUUUGAAUCUGGACGAUAAGACGGCUAUAAAAGCAAGAGGAUUGUGGGAAGACUGGCAUUUGUGUCAAAUCAUUGACCAAACUUCUAGAACGAAUCACCUAUCAGGUCUGGCACUUUCCUCUCAAACUGGCAACCAUAACACCUCCAUCACUCUGACCACACCCACCUCCAACAGCCAGAGCCGGCUAGGGGGAGCCCUCUCGCCUCAUCAUGUCCUCUCCAGCUUGGCCAGUGGCCCUUGGAUGGAGCAAAUCAAAAGUAACGGGGGCCUUGCUGGACUGCUGGGACGAGGGCGUAAGAAGAUAAAAGCCGAGAACAGUGGUGGKCCUCUGUUGGUGCCUUACCCAAUCCUCGCUUCAGGCAACGACCAAUCCUUCCACACCAUCAUCCCCAAAGAGGGCAAAUGCUACAGGUGUAAAUUGUGCCCACUGACCUUCUUCUCCAAGUCAGACAUGCAGAUCCACUCCAAGUCCCACACAGAGGUCAAGCCACACAAGUGUCCCCACUGCUCCAAAUCUUUCGCCAACACAUCCUACCUGGCCCAGCACCUCCGUAUACACKUGGGCGUCAAACCUUAUUACUGCUCCUACUGCGAGAAAUGCUUCUGCCAGCUCUCCCACCUGCAGCAGCACACCAGAAUUCACACUGGGGAUCGGCCCUAUAAAUGUGCCCAUCCAGGUUGUGAAAAAGCCUUCACCCAGCUCUCCAAUCUGCAGUCUCACCAGAGACAACACAACAAAGACAAGCCCUACAAGUGUCCAAACUGCUACCGUGCCUACUCGGACUCAGCCUCAUUGCAGAUUCACUUGUCUGUGCAUGCCAUCAAAAACGCCAAGGCCUACUGCUGCAGCAUGUGUGGCAGAGCCUACACCUCAGAGACCUACCUUAUGAAGCACAUGUCUAAACACAUGGUGGUGGAGCACCUGGUGAGCCAUCACUCUCCACAGAGGACAGAGUCUCCCAAUAUCCCCAUACGGAUCUCCCUCAUCUGAGCAAUUCACCCUGACACCCUACCCCUGACCCUCAUGGAGGAACCUCCUGUAAGGUCACCCCUCRACUUAAGCGUAAUCAAUCCUAGACAUUGGCUUUUACUUGUUUGUUUUCCCCUAUGCGGGUUCCAAAAAUGUUCCAGGCUGUAUUUGUACCUUAUCAAAAGAUGCCAGACUCUUUUUAUUUAUUUUUUGUAUUUUGUCAUCUGUGGUUGGGGAAUGUUUGGGACAUCCAAAAAUGAUUUUWCAGCACUUCCAGGCCUCAUGGUAGAGUAAAAACCUUUUUGGCCUAUGCUAAGACGAUAAAAAGUAUUGCUCCAGGCAGCUAAAAACAUUUACCCUAGGUGUUAUAAAGCAUUACAUGACCACUUUUUAUAUUGUUAUUCUCCCUUAACUCUUUGCAAAAGUAUAUUUGCAUUGGGAACUUUGUCUUCCUUUUAGUUAGGCCAAGAAGAUGAAUAGCUAAAUUAUUUAUUCAAGCUAUUUUUUGUACCACUCCUAAUGUCAAUGUUUGCAUCAUUUUGUUACUUAAAAAGAAAAUAUUCUCAAGUAAGCUUUAUCACAUUUAAGUAUGUCUUUUAGACAACAAUGCACACAAAAUACUUUCCAAUUGGAGGGUCAAUACCUAUGUUUUAUUGUUGUAGUUGUAUUUUUCAUCUUGUUAUUGUCCAUAGUAUUAAAAAGGAAACUGUUCAAGGCUA